GUGGCCGAGGGACUGGACGUCAUUGGGUCCGGGUCACACAGCAGCGAAGGAACCUGGGGCCUGCUCUUCCCCCCUCCAGGCCAUGACGAUUCUGCGAUUAAUCACGCUUGCUCUGGUGACAGGGCACGUCCGGGGAGAGACCAGGAUCAUCAAGGGGUAUGAGUGCAAGCCGCAUUCCCAGCCCUGGCAGGCGGCCCUGUUCCAGAAGACUCGGCUGCUCUGCGGGGCCACCCUCAUCGCCCCCAGCUGGCUCCUGACAGCAGCCCACUGCCGCAAGCCCCACUACAUAGUUCACCUGGGGGAACACAACCUCCAGCGGCGGGAUGGCUGUGAGCAGACCCGGACAGCCACUGAGUCCUUCCCGCACCCGGGCUUCAACAACAGCCUCCCCAACAAAGACCACCGCAAUGACAUCAUGCUGGUGAAAAUGGCAGCACCAGCCCUCAUCACCUGGGCCGUGCGACCCCUCACCCUGUCCUCACGCUGUGUCACCGCUGGCACCCGCUGCCUCAUUUCUGGCUGGGGCACCACGUCCAGCCCCCAGUUGCACCUGCCCCACACCCUGCGAUGUGCCAAAAUCUCCAUCAUCGAGCACAGGGAGUGCGAGGACGCCUACCCCGGCAACAUCACAGACACCAUGGUGUGUGCCAGCGUUAAGGAAGAGGGCAAGGACUCCUGCCAGGGCGACUCCGGGGGCCCUCUGGUCUGUAACGAUUCUCUUCAAGGAAUUAUCUCCUGGGGCCAGGAUCCAUGUGCUGUCACCAAAAAGCCCGGUGUCUACACAAAAGUCUGCAAAUAUGUGGACUGGAUCCAGGAGACUAUGAAGAAUAAUUAGAUAGGACCUGCACGCCAGGGCUCAGCCUGCUCAAGCUGGUGAUUGGUUCCUGCUGAUUCUGCUAAGAAGAAACCCUAAGCCAGGACCCUUUUACGAACUUUCUUUGGGCCGCCUUGACUACAGGCGAUGCUGCAGCUUCAUAAUCAACUCGGGGCUUGAAAUCGUUGAGACCUGGAUUCAAAUCCUGCCUUGGACUAACUUGUGACUCUGGGAAUGACCAUAGCUGUUUUGUUCUGUCACAUCCCCAGCCCCAAAGAUAGUUCCUGGCAUGCAUUAAUAAAUAUCUACAGAAUGAA